AGAUAAUGCUUUUUGGACUUAUAUUGACAACAAUGGUCGCCUAAAUAGUGGACUAAGCCUCAGUCAACAGUUAAAACUAGUGUUCUAAUACUGGACUCAACUACUCAAGGUUUAUCCAAUAAAACCAUCAUGUCUUUAACUGGAAGAUCGUCCAACACCGUAUGUGACUGGAUGAAUUUGUGUCGGGAUAUACCACUAAAAAUGUUCGAAAAACGUAAUAAAUUUGGAAGACCUGAUGUCAUCAUACAAGUCGACGAAUGUUUGCUAAGAGGAUCCAGAAAAAAUCAUAAAGGUCGAUAUCGACUUGCAGAUUUGCCGAGUGAAAACAUCGAAGACGAACAUGGUAAAAGAAAUUAUGGUAGACGAAUGGAUGGUCCUUGGGUGUUUGGAUUAUGCGACUAUAGUGAGGCACGAUAUUUUGUUGUCGAAAAGCGGGACAAGCAAACUUUACAUGACAAUAUGACAUUAUUAAAAGAGAGGUUGUAUUGGGUUCUAUUACACACUCUAAUGGAUGGCCAGGGUAUAAUGGGAUCGCCCACUAUGGUUUUACGCAUAAUACAGUUAACCACAGCGAAAAUUUUGUUGAUCCACUAACACAAGCGCACACUCAGAGGAUCGAAAGUUUAUGGAGACCAUUACGCUUAAAAAUAGUUAAAAAUAUGUGUGGUAUCUCAUGGAAACAUGGUGGCGAGGAAUAAAUAAAUCAGAUUUAUUUAAUGCAUUUUUAAGAGAUAUGGCGGAAG